GCUGCGUCAAUUGACGGACGCCGAAGGGGCAAUGGCGGCGCCCGUGCUGCGCUGGUGCUGUCCCGCAAGGCGUUGGAUUUUAGCCAACAUUGACCGCGGUCCUCGCCACGGAAGAGGGGCUCCGACUGGGUCCAGGUCCAGCGGGAAAAGGGGACAGAGCUCAGUGGCUCAGCAGCCCCUCGUCACGGCCCAGAAGCCGAGGAAAGGUGAACACCAGUGGGCAGCCGUGGUGGGUUUGGAAAUCCAUGCCCAGAUUUCCUCCAACUCGAAACUCUUCUCUGGAUCCCAAGUCCACUUUGCAGCACCUCCAAAUUCUUUAGUAUCUUUUUUUGAUGCAUCUCUGCCUGGAACUUUGCCGGUUCUCAACAGGAGGUGUGUAGAGGCGGCAGUGAUGACAGGCCUGGCACUGAACUGCCACAUAAACAAGAAGUCCUUGUUUGACAGGAAGCACUACUUCUAUGCAGACCUCCCUGCAGGCUACCAAAUUACCCAGCAGAGGCUCCCAAUUGCUGUGAAGGGCAGCUUGGCGUAUAGCAUCUGUGUGGGGAAGAAGCGGAAUCAGGUGAUCAACAAGACAGUGAGGAUCAAGCAGAUCCAGCUGGAGCAAGACAGUGGCAAGAGCCUUCACGAUGACCUGCGAUCCCAGACGCUCAUUGACUUGAACAGGGCUGGAGUGGGCCUUCUGGAAGUGGUCCUGGAGCCCGAUAUGUCCUGUGGAGAAGAGGCAGCAACAGCUGUCAGGGAGCUGCAGCUGAUACUUCAAGCCCUGGGGACCAGCCAGGCAAACAUGGCAGAGGGCCAGUUGAGGGUGGAUGCCAAUAUAUCUGUGCAUCGCCCUGGGGAGCCUUUGGGUGUUCGAACUGAAGUGAAGAAUCUCAACAGUGCCAGGUUCUUGGCCAAAGCAAUAGACUAUGAAAUUCAGAGGCAAAUCGAAGAACUUGAGAAUGGAGGAGAAAUUCUGAAUGAAACUCGCUCCUUUGAUUACAAGCUGGGAUGCACCGUGCCGAUGAGAGACAAAGAAGGAAAGCAAGACUACAGGUUUAUUCCCGAGCCCAACCUGCCUCCCCUGCUACUCUACGACUCAGCCUCUCUGCCUGCUGGCGCGGACCCACAGCAAGUGAUCAAUAUCGACCAGCUUCGAGAGCAGCUCCCUGAGCUCCCCAGUGUGACCCGGGAGAAGCUCGUCCAGCAGUAUGGGAUGCUGCCGGAACACAGCCUCACCUUGCUGAAUGAAGUUGGCCUACUGGAGUUCUUCCAAAAUGUGAUGAAAGAAACUAGGGCAGAGCCCAAAAAAGUGACUAGUUGGGUCCUCAACACUUUCCUGGGUUUUUUAAAGCAACAGAACCUUGCUGUCAGUGAGAGUCCUGUCACACCUUCUGCACUGGCCGAGCUUCUCAACCUACUGGACCAGAAAGCAAUUUCUUCAGCAGCAGCUAAAAAGGUGUUUGAGGAGCUAUGGAGGAGCGGAGGGAAGACUCCAGCACAGAUAGUUUCAGAAAAGAGGCUUGAACUGAUGCAGGAUCAAGAGGCCCUGGAACAGCUCUGCCAAGCCACAAUGGAGGAACAUCCUCAAGUGGUAAUGGAUCUGAAGAAGGGAAACCCCAGAGCUAUAAAUAAACUGAUCGGCUUGGUCCGAAAAGCGACUCUCAACCGAGCAGACCCGACUGUGAUAAAGGAGAUGCUGGAGAAGCAGCUGUCAUCAUGAGAUAUUUCGGUCUCUCUGCCUGAGGGAGAUAGUGGAGCCAUACACAGAACCGGAGCCUCGAAACCCAACGUCCGUGAGUGAGCUCGACGUGCUGGCAUCCCCCAAUCCCUGGGCCUCGGGUGCCACCCCCACAGGCCAGCAGCCUCACCUGUUUGCAUCAUUGACAUCAAAACGACUCCAUCAUAGCUGCAAAGGUGGUUAAGAACUAGCACAUUCUAGUGCUUAAUAAUUCUGAACUAAAUGAGACAUGCUGUUUCCGAUACUGUUACCUUUCUAAGAAAAAGUUCAUUACACAGUUCUUUCAACAAAUAUUUCUGAGCACAUCCUAAGGGCCAGCAGUGAUCGAAAGAGACCAGAAUCUGGGUGCAGUAUUUUAGACCUAAAACAAGGGUGAUGAAGAGGAAAGAGAAAGACAGCAAGAUAAAUCCAUUGACAGUGUAGACAGUGUGUUUAGAUUGGUCUUUGUGAGGGCAGGGAAGGAGAAUGUUAGUCACCCAUCCACUGAGUAGAAGUGGUGCCCGUUCAACGCCCUAGGAAGCCAUGCUCUGAGAAUAAAUGGAUUUUUUUCUUUUUGGUAAAAUAGACAACAGAAGUUUUCAAAUAAAUUUAAUGAAUAAAAUAUGUACUGAAAUAUCACAUUAAAAAUUAACAUACACUUUAAAGAUUGCGCAGUUGACAAUUCCCCUGCCCCCUCAGGCCAAAAGAGAUAAAAAGAGAAAUAAGUUGUAACAUUAAAUUGAUCUGUUUUGCCUGGAAAGAAUAAGAUUAUAAACUGACAAAUCAAAA